CAGCGGCAACAACAUCACAGACAUGAGGGCCGAGACAUUGUCUCAGGUUCCAGAGUUGGAGGAGCUGAUAAUGACUGACAACUUCCUGGAGGCGAUCAGACCGGACACCUUCGACUACACUCCAGGCAUCAGAAGGCUGCAGCUGGACCAGAACCAGCUGUGGUGGCUGCGGGCGAACGCCUUCCUGCGACUGCGGCAGCUGCGCAACCUCAGGCUCGACUCCAACGGGCUGACCGCCGUGCCCACGGACGCGCUCAGACCGCUCGCCCAACUGGAGGCCCUGAACCUGGGUAGCAACCUGCUGACGUCGGUGCCUGUGGGGGCGUUUCCUGAGCUGCCGCACCUGCUUAUCCUACUACUCAAGAGGAACCAGAUAACGCACAUCCACGACGAUGGGUUCCUAACCGUGCCAGCGCUGAGAGCUUUGCACCUGGACGAUAACCUUCUCACGAAUGUGCCGCUGGCGCUCACCAAGCUGACGGCGCUGCAGGAGCUGUCAGUGUCUGGGAACCGCAUCAAGUACAUGCCGGGAGGGGUACUGCAGCGGGCACCAGGGUUGGCACUACUGGAGCUGAAGGGGAAUCCCCUGGUGGCGGUCGCGCCCACUGCCUUCUCCCACCUGCCGAGACUGCGAAAGCUCAUCCUGUCCGACGCGCGGGAGCUGACGGAGUUCCCCAACCUGGAGGGCACGGCGGCGCUGGAGAUCCUGCGGCUGGACAGGGCUGGACUCCAGGAGGUGCCUUCCUCACUCUGUUCUGUCUGUCCCAGGCUCCGCAGUCUAGACGUGAAAUCAAAUAAGCUGACGAAGAUUCCGGACCUCUCGCAGUGCAAGGAUCUAAGAGUCCUGGACUUGGCGAGCAACCAGAUCACGACUCUGGAGGGCCGUCCAUUCCUUGGGCUGUCCCUGCUGCACGACCUGCUGCUGGCGCACAACUCCAUCCCCAGGCUGCCCAAGGACGCCUUCGAGGGGCUGCCGCGUCUGCAGGUCCUGGACCUGGAGAACAACGGCAUCACCGACAUCCAUCCAGAAGCUUUCCUGCCCUUCACGCAGCUGGAAGAUCUGAACCUGGGCCACAACGCGUUCCCCGUGCUGCCGACGGCCGGCCUGGAGCGGCUGCUGGUGCUGAAGGUGUUCAACAACGGCGCGCUGCGCGAGUUCCCGCCCCCGGAGCGGUUCCCGCGCGUGCAGCGGCUGAUGCUGGCCUACGCCUACCACUGCUGCGCCUUCCUGCCGCUGCUGCCGCCGGACCCGCCGCCCAAGCCACCCCUCAAGGACUCCGUCAUCUUCCCGGAGGACCCCGAGUUCGACAUGAGCCUCUGGAACUCCAGCCUGACCGACCUGUGGCCGCAGCUGCAGAACCUGAGCAAGAAGUUCGGGUCGCAGGUGAACGACCUGUGGGACAGCUUCGGGUCGGACUUCACGUACCCGGGUAACCUGCCGGCCUACGUGGAGGAGUACUUCGAAGAGGCGGAGGCCGCUGCGGGGGCGCGCGUGGGAGGGAGUGAACAGCCACCUGCCGGCAUCCACUGCGUCCCGCUACCCGGUCCGUUCCUGCCGUGCCAGGACCUUUUCGACUGGUGGACGCUGCGCUGCGGCGUGUGGGUGGUCUUCCUGCUGGCCAUGCUUGGUAACGGUACAGUCGUCUUCGUGCUCGUCUUCUCCAGGAGCAAGAUGGACGUGCCGCGCUUCCUCGUCUGCAACCUCGCCGCCGCCGACUUCUUCAUGGGAGUCUACCUAGGGUUCCUGGCGGUGGUGGACGCGUCGACGCUGGGCGAGUUCCGGCGCUUCGCCAUCCCGUGGCAGAUGUCGGCCGGCUGCCAGCUGGCGGGCUUCCUGGGCGUGCUGUCGGCCGAGCUGAGUGUCUACACGCUGGCCGUCAUCACGCUGGAGCGCAACUACGCCAUCACGCACGCCAUGCACCUCAACAAGCGCCUCUCGCUGCGACACGCUGCCUACAUCAUGCUCUGCGGCUGGAGUUUCGCGCUCCUGAUGGCGCUGCUGCCGCUGCUAGGCGUGUCGGACUACCGCAAGUUCGCGGUGUGCCUGCCGUUCGAGACGACGACGGGCCCCGCGAGCCUGGCCUACGUGGUGAUGCUGAUGCUGGUGAACGGCGUCGCCUUCCUCAUCCUGAUGGGCUGCUACCUCAAGAUGUACUGCGCCAUCCGCGGCUCGCAGGCCUGGAACUCCAACGACUCGCGCAUCGCCAAGCGCAUGGCGCUGCUCGUCUUCACCGACUUCAUCUGCUGGUCGCCCAUCGCCUUCUUCUCGCUCACCGCCGCCUUCGGGCUGCAGCUCAUCACGCUGGAGCAGGCCAAGGUGUUCACGGUGUUCGUGCUUCCGCUGAACUCGUGCUGCAACCCGUUCCUGUACGCGAUCCUGACGAAGCAGUUCAAGAAGGACUGCGUGCUCAUCUGCAAGGCGAUCGAGGAGUCGCGCGUGACGCGCGGCAUCGGCCGCUGCCGGCACAGCUCCAACUUCAGCAACCGCCAGACACCCGCCAACACCAACAGCCUCGCAGACCGCUCCUCCAGGGAGCAGCAGCAGCUGCAGCAGCUGCAGCAAGCCGUCGCCAUACACCCGCACGCCUGCACCUGCGCCGGUCGCAAGCUGCUGUCGGACGCGGGGGCGGCGGCGCUGGUGGCGGCUGCGGCGGCGGCCCGUGCGGGGGCGGCGCAGGGAGCCGGCGUGGGCGUGGGUGUGGGCGUGGGCGUGGGGGCGCACCGCGGCUCCGCGGGCUCCGAACCGGCGCUGUCGUCGCUGGGGCUGGCGACGGCGCGGGAGGCGGCGAGGGAGGCGCCGGCCUCCAGGGGGCGCCGGCCCGGCUCUGGCGGCGGGGGUGGGGGCAGGGACGCGGGGGCGGCGGAGGCGGCGGAGGCGGCGGAGGCGGCGCCGCGGCGCUGGCUGCUGGGCAAGGCGCGGUGGCUGCUGCGCUGCGUGCGGCGGGAACGGCGGUACGCGGGCCGGCGCGCGCGCUCCGACGAGUACGCCUACCAGAUCGCCGAGAUCCAGCAGCGCCAGAAGCAGAAGCAGCACAAGCGCGCCUCCUCCGUCUCCUCCUCCGAGAACUUCAGCUCUUCGCGGUCGGACUCGUGGCGGCACGCGGCGCCGCACCACCACUGCGGCAUCCCGAUGCGGCUGCUCGACCCCAAGCGGCGCGCCUCGUCGUGGCUGGUGACGCGCAAGACGUCGCAGGACUCGAACCUGUCCAGCUCGCGCAACGACUCGUCCGGCUCGGCGACGACGGCGAGCACCAGCACCUGGAAGCUGUCGCGCUCCAGCGCCUCCAGCGACGCGCGGCACGCACAGGCGGCGGCCGUGGCGGCCGCGGCGGCGGCGGCGGCUGCCUCCAUCGUCGCACCCUUAACAGCAAACUACCAGUAUUAA